AUGUUAAUUGGCCUCAAGUGUGAAUUAUUUUGGAAGAAUGGUUUCGACAUGAAAAUUCCACAAAAAGAGUGGUUCUUGUUUUCGGGAGAAACGUUCAAAGCGCUGCGCAGAGAGAUCGAGAUGCAUUUUCAAGUCAAAAGCUUCAGACUCUACUAUUACAACGACGAGGCGCAGCUAAUUUUCUGCCGAAACGAUGACGACUUAGAAGAAAUGAUGAAGCUUGUGGAGCAGCGACGAACGCGACGAAACGCGAUAAGAAAGCGUGCGCAAAAACCGGCUUGGUUCCAUGACCUGCAUCUUAUAGUGAAAGAUGCGUAUGACAUGUUCGAUGCUUUCGAUUCCUUGGACCAAAGAGAUGCCAAAAUGAGAGUUUGA